UUGGUUCACUUAUUUGAUAAUAUAUCUGUAAUUAGUCAAUUGUCUUUCUGCUUUCCACGUCGAAAAUAGUAAAAUUGUGUAGUUGUACUUAAAUAUCAGUUUUAUGAAUUAGGUUUAUAUAUUACAUAUUUGAUUUUCACUUAUUAGUAUUUGGAAAGUUUUUAGGUACAUUAUGAGGAAGCUUAAGGGACCAGUUAAAGAAACAGCAAGACAAAAACGUGAAAGGAAACAAGAAUUUGCUAAAGUUCGUCAGCAAAUUAAUACAAUUGUUCUUCCAACUGUAGCUGUCGUUUUUAUAUUAAUAUGUGUCUACGUGUAUGUGAAAACGAGGCCAGCAACGAUGCAGGUGGCGUAAUUUUUUUACGGAUAUCUUUGUAAAUAUUUAAGUAAAUUUAUAAAAAUCUAGCUAUGGUUGUGAAAUUUACAUUUGUAUAGAUGAUAUUGUGAGUAUCAUUUAUUUAUUACAUUCCAACAUAUCAUAGACCAAUAA